AGUUUGAAACACUGUAAACAAAAGAAAGAUUCAAAACCCAAAAUAGCACGUCUCCAAACAAUAGAGGAAGAUAAAAAAAUAUCGACUCCUCGUCACUGAGACACUUGGGGAGAACGAACAAUACGCAAAACAUAGAUACCCAGUACACAAAAUAAGUGACUCAGUGAAUUUGAAAAGCAAUGCAUCCGCGAAUACUCGCUGUGCAAAUAUGCAGGCUUCGAUUUCGUCGAAUGUCAGAUCUAGUUCCUGGUAACAGAGCCUGCUUAGUCGAUACCAUGGCCCUGGUAAAGAGGUUGGAGGGAGAGGGCAUGACACAGAAACAAGCAGAAGCAAUAACGGCUGUUGUGACAGAGGUUCUUCAGGACAGUCUGGACACCAUUGCUCACUCCUUUGUCUCCAGAGAAGAAAUGAUCAAGAGUGAAAUGCUUCAUGAAGCAGCUUUAUCAAAAUACAAAGGAGAAGUCAAGAGCUCUCAGGAUCAUAAUUUCUCCUUGCUCCAGCGGGAAACUGAAAGAUUAAGAACUGAUAUAGAAAAACUUCGGAGUGAACUCAAAUAUGAAGUUGACAAGGUGACUGCUGGGCAGAGGUUAGAUUUGAAUCUGGAAAAGGGUCACAUAAGAGAAGAGCUAUCCAAGCAGAACUCAGAAACUGCAGAUCUUACAAAUAAGCUUAAUAGGGAGAUUCAUGCUUUAAAGACGCAACUAGAAGCUGGCAAGUAUGAAGUGAUCAAAUACUGUAUAGGAACUGUUGUUUCUGUAACUGCUGUUGGCCUUGGUUUAUUGCGUAUACUGAAGUAAUUAACAACAGUGAAGAAGUUUGAUGAGAACAGAUCUGAUUUCCAUUGGAAGAACCUAGGAGCUAGGAUCAUGUGAAUUUUAUGCAAGUCUUUCGAAUUUGAGAUGUUCAAUAUUCAAAAUCGGGCUUUUUUAUCCAUUCCAUUCUUUAUGUUUGUACUGGAAAUUUUGAAACAAAGGAGGGUUCCCUGAUGAGACUGGGUCUGCUAAGUUAAUCAGAAAUGAGAACACUGUACCUUUAAUUACAUGCAGAAAGGAACUGAGUUUUGCUGCUGUUGUGUGAAUGGAGUUGAUCUUUUGGUACCAAUUUCUUGAGGAGCCACAAAUCUAUCCUCUUCAUUGUACAUCAAUAAAAUAUUAAUAUAAAUGCUUGACCGUUUCUGCCAA